AUGACGACUAUGAAGACUUCAUUGGGAUUAUCACUUUUUCAGAUGGUAUAUGGGAAAGCAUGUCAUUUUCCAGUAGAGAUGGAGCAUAAGGCUUUGUGGGCUUUGACAUUUUUAAAUUUUGAUCCUCACGAAACUCAAAGCAAACGAAGAAAUCAGUUGUUAGAACUUGAAGAGAGGCGGUUACAUGCAUAUGAUUCAUCCAGGAAUUAUAAAGAAAAGGUGAAAUUUUAUCAUGAUAAAAAGCUGAUAAAGAGAGUCUUCACUCCAGGACAGCAUGUGCUAUUAUUUAAUUCACGGUUGAAGUUAUUUCCUGGGAAGCUGAAAUCAAAAUGGUCGGGACCCUUCGUGAUAAAGCAUGUAUAUCCAAAUGGAUAUGUGGAAUUGGAAACUAUAGAUAAGGAGAGAAAUUGGGUUAGUAAAUGGUCAGAGGCUCAAACAUUAUUUAGGAGGAGAAGUGGAGCAGUUUUCCACCGUACUGAUGUUGGUGGAUCCAUGAGGUUUGGGUCAGGCUCGUGA